AUGAAGACGCUUCUGGUUGGGUUCCUGCUUGGCCUGGCUUGUUUGGAGUUGGCCCAAGCCUUACGAUGUUACACCUGCAAGGAACCCACAGACAUUUCCAGGUGCAGAACACCCACUGUGUGCCCCCCCAAAGCCACAGUGUGCACAACCACACUGCACUCCUUGGACACAGGUUACCCCUUUUUUGGCAACAUCACAGUGACCAGAGACUGUGAGGAGGAUUGUCUGUCCUAUAAUGGGAUAGGAGCAUCCAAACCCAAGUCCUGCUGCUACACCGACCUCUGCACCGAUGACACCAAGAGCAACAGUGGGGUGAGAAGCAGCUCUGCAGCACUGGGGCUGAUGGCCAUGGCUGUUGUCACACUCCUCCAGUGCUUCCUGUAA